UCAAGACUAGCCCAUGUGCCUAAGUCCAAACAAUCACACAACUAUAACCAUUACCAAUGCAAUGAGCUCGCAUCACAAGAAGGAGAGUCCAAAUUCAGAACCUUCUUUUUCCCUAUCCAUCUAUCUAUAAAUGCCCACGAACUGUGAAGUUUUUCUCUUUUGUUUCGUUUCUCUCUAGAACUAUCUUUCUCUAUCGAAAGGCUCCCUUCACAUAUGGCAUCUCAAGCCAGCCUCCUCCUUCAAAAACAGCUUAAAGAUCUUUGUAAAAACCCGGUGGAUGGGUUUUCUGCGGGUUUGGUUGAUGAGAAUAAUAUCUUUGAAUGGAGCGUUACGAUUAUUGGACCGCCUGAUACCCUUUAUGAAGGGGGAUUCUUUAAUGCCAUUAUGAGUUUUCCUUCCAAUUAUCCCAAUAGUCCUCCAACAGUGAAGUUUACUUCAGAGAUAUGGCAUCCGAAUGUUUAUCCUGAUGGGCGUGUUUGCAUAUCAAUUCUUCAUCCACCGGGUGAUGAUCCAAAUGGUUACGAGCUUGCAAGUGAGCGCUGGAUGCCUGUGCAUACUGUUGAGAGCAUAGUUUUGAGUAUCAUAUCAAUGCUUUCCAGUCCCAACGACGAAUCUCCAGCAAAUGUUGAAGCUGCAAAGGAAUGGAGAGACAGGAGAGACGAAUUCAAGAAAAAAGUGAGCCGCUGCGUGAGAAGAUCACAAGAAAUGUUAUGAUCUUUCUUCCGAAUGUUUCUCCUCUGUCUGCAUGUACCAAGAAAUGUCUUAAUUUAUUAUGGUGGGGUUUUGUGGGGGGUAAUUUGUUAUACUUGUAGAACACAGUUGAGAUUCUGACUUGUGUCUCUUCAUUUAUGUUUUUCUUUGCUGGGUCAUUGUUAUAUCUCAAAGAACAGUUGUGUACUUUUACAUUUUGGUUAGUGUUCCAUCUUCAAGUGUUUUCAUGUCAUUGUGUUUAGGUAGCUUAAAAAUUUUGUUCAACAUUUGUUUUUUUCUGGA